AUGGCCGAUCAGGUCGUCAAGCCCGCCAACAUGAAUUACUCCAACAUGAUUGAGGAGAAGAACCUCAAGAAAGGCUUCAUUGUUGCGACGCUGAUAUCGACCAUUGUGGGAACGUUCACGGCGAGCAUGACUCUGCACGACAAGAUAGCAGAACGACGAGACAAGAAGAAGCAACAGGGUAUAGAUGGUGGUCAGAACACCGAAAUCAAGCAGCUGAAAGAGCAAGUCGCGGCCCUCAAAGUUGGUGAGGCCCCGAAAGACGAGAAAGCAGCAGGCGGUGAGAAGGCUGGGGAGGACAAAAAGUCAGCUUCAGCAGAUGACAAGAAGUCUCAAGCUGCAGGUGACGGCAAGAAGAGUGAAGCCAACGUUGAUGCGAAGAAGUCCCAGGCAGGCGGUGGCGAGGGAAAGUCGCAAGUCGGAGGCGAGAAGAAAUCGCAGGCCCCCAACGAUGCGAAGUCACAGCACCCACGCUCCCGAUCAAGUUCAAAAUCGAGCAAAGGACGCAGAAGACGGCGCGACAGUCUCGAUGCGGACCAGGACUUUGCGCGUGUAGCCAAUCAGUCAAAGAAUGUUAUCGAGCAGACGUUCAAGGACAAUGUCCAGCGACUGGGACCGGAAUACGCAGAGGGUGAUCUCACCACUGUCAAUGCGCUUCAAUCCCAAAUCUUGGAACAACAGAAAACAGUCAUUGGUAUCCUGCAGACUGCUGUUAGUGAAGGCCGAGAGCUGACCGAGGACGAUAAGCGUCGCCUUAUUGCAGCUCAGAAUGCCGCUACAAAUGGAUCGCUAGAUGCUCUGCAAGGACAAUAUGAGCGCAUGGCGGCAGAGAAGGAUGCGCCGCCAGCACCAAAGUCCGUUGCUCCACCGAAAUCAUUCGUGCCACCAAUUGUUGCACCACCGACCGUUGCGAAAACAGCUGUACCUCCCCCAGGGACAGCAGUGAAUAAGCCAUGGGAGAGCGACCCAUUGCCACCACCUACUGAGGAUCGACGAAGAUCGUCCAACUAUGGCCGCAAUGCUGCAAUAGCAGGAGGUCUUGCCGCCGCUGCUGGAGCUGGAGCAUAUGCUGCGAACCGUGAUGGUAAGAGAGAAGCGGACAGAGCUUAUUCUGACGAUGGACCACCAAGGCGUCGUCCGGCGCCAGAAGACCGCAGGCGAUCAUCUUUGAGACCUUCGGAGCAACCUCUCCCACCGGCCCAUGAUGAAAGGCCGCGGCGACAAGAGUACUCGCCACCACGUUGGGACGAUGGAAGGUCAUCCACGAAACCACGAGACAGACAACGGUCCUCUGGCGAUGAUAGAAGAUCGAUGAUGACCCGUCGAGGGGGACAGAGGGAUUAUGUUGAUGACAGAAGAUCGUCAUUCAGGCCACGAGAUCAAGAUUGUGACUUUGUACCACGCAAGCCAUCGUCGGAUCCAAUGACAGCUCGAAAUCGACCUCCAGACGACCGUAGACCCUCCAUGAAGCCGCAAGACCCAGGCCCACCACCUGCAAGGCCCAAAAGUGUUGCGCCAAACACAGCUGCUCCUACCGCGAAAGCCACUACGAUACCAGCGGCAGAUCCAUCGAAUCAAGCAAAGAGUAUCGCACCGAAGACACCAGCUCCUACCGCGAAGGCGACGACCAUACCACCAGCGAAACCGCCUGGAGGCACAGUGAAAGAAACAGCAGCCAAGCAACAGGAUGAAGCGAUCCGUCCCAGCGCAAUCGAGUCUCCUCCUCGCUCCUCGAACCAUUCCUCGCAAAGGUCUAAGCACUCCGUUCGAGGCUCACCGCCGCCGCCGAAAUCAAAGAUGAAAGCGCUCCCUGCACCCGACGCACCUCUCUUCUGCCGCUACGCUCAAGACCUUCAGAGACACGGUCUGCCUCUCCACAAAACAUUCAAGCCUGGCGGACCUCACUGCUGUCCCUCCUGCAACCUCAUAAUCCCAGUCGACACGCGCGACAUCUGGGUCUUCAGCACGCACAUUCCACCACAGCAAAAGGGCGAUAAGCCGAGAACGCGAGACUAUCGGAUGGACUCACGCUUUGUGGUCAAGUGUCACGAUGGACAAGGCAGGUUUGCGUGUGUACUGUGCGACAAGAACCGGGAUUUGGAUUGCAUCUGCAAGAAUGUGGAAAGUCUGAUAAAGCAUUUGGGGAGCGCGCAUACGUUUGAGGAGUUUGAUCAGGAUCCGGAUUUGGUGAAGAUGAAGAAUGGGAGUGUGGUGGAGAUGAAGGGUGGGAAGGAGUUGGUGCUUGCUUGA